GGGGGUGAGUCCGUUUGACCAGCAUCGAUUUCAACGGAGCUAGUCGACAGUCAGGGACAAGCCUUCAGCACAGUGACACCGGCUCCCCUGGACAGCGAGGGGGAGAAUGAAAAUAGUGGAUUUUGUUUAUACUUGUCGGUACAGCGCAGCAGUAGAAGGGAAGUCACUCCAAACGAUUUUGACAUGAAGAAGGACAUAGACACAUUGAUAGCAGAGGAACGUGCUGAAAUCAUUUCUAGAUAUGACAAGGGCAGGCAGGAGGGAGUCAAAAUUGACCCAUGGGAGGAUGCUGACUACAGCAUCUUUAAGGUCACUGACCGCUUCGGCUUCCUGCAUGAGGAAGAACUGCCAACACCCAGUGCACUUGAAGAGAAGCAAAAGCAUCAGGAGGUUGAGAGAGUGGAGAAAUGGCUGAAGAUGGUGAAGAACUGGGACAAGUACAGGAACAGUGAAAAGUUGGUGAAGCGAGUAUAUAAAGGCAUCCCCCUGCAGCUGAGAGGCCAGGCGUGGGCCUUGCUUUUGGACAUAGAGAAAGUCAAAGAAGAUAACCAAGGGAAAUAUGAGAAAAUGAAGCAGCAGGCUCGCAACUUCUCCACAGAGAUCAAGCAGAUCGACUUGGACGUCAACAGAACCUUCAGGAACCACAUUAUGUUCAUGGAUCGCUUUGGAGUCAAGCAGCAAGCGCUGUUUCAUGUACUAGCAGCUUACUCUGUCUACAACACGGAGGUGAGCUACUGCCAGGGGAUGAGUCAGAUCGCUGCCAUCUUGCUCAUGUACCUGAAUGAGGAAGAUGCCUUCUGGGCUCUUUCCCAGCUCCUCACCAACAACAAGCAUGCGAUGCAUGGGUUCUUCAUCCCGGGAUUUCCCAAGCUGCACCGUUUCCAGGCCCACCAUGAGUUGAUCCUCUCCAAAAUGCUGCCUAAGCUAAAGAAACACCUGGACAAGGAGCAGAUGACAACAGGGAUUUACACCACCAAAUGGUUUCUACAGUGCUUCAUUGACAGAACCCCUUUCACCCUCACCCUGCGUUUGUGGGACAUUUACAUAUUGGAGGGAGAGAAGAUGCUAACUGCCAUGGCAUAUACAACCCUGAAGUUACAUAAGAAGCGUCUCCAGAAGUUUCAGUUAGAGGACCUGAGGGAAUUUCUCCAAGAGCAGCUGGCUGUUUCUUUCUUCCUGCCUGAUGAUAUGGUGGUUGAGCACUUACAGGCUGGUAUGUCUGAGCUACGCGGUAAAAAGCUGGACCAAUGUCCUCCAGCCAAGUCAGAGGAGCUACCAAAGAAACCUCUAGGUCAAGAGAGACCAGUUCUCCUACUGCCGCUGCAGCCUGACACUCCUCUGGAGGUCAAAAUAAAUCUGCAGCCCAACAGCCAGCCUGAUACAAAGACCCAGCAAUCAGACAGCAUCACCCUACAUCAGACCCCUUCUCCUGCAGAGCCCCAGGACUCAAGCAACCUCUCCAGGGCAAACACACCCUCUUUGCCCUCACCAGAUCCAGUUGUAGUCCACACACAAAGAACACCUUCUCCUCUAAGGCCUUGUAGAGCACCUCCAUUACCUCCAAAUGCAGACAAACCCUUUGCUGAGGGUGGGUUGGACAUAAAUGUGAAGGAGUCACUCCCAGAGUGUAGCCAGAAUGAAGACAGGGUGGAACCAGAGAGCCAACGUGGAGACCCAGAGACCCAGGAAGAGCCUUUGGAUUGGCCUCCACCCUACGUACCCCUUGCUUUGGACACUCUUGUCAUGCAGACUGAGGAAGAGAUUAUGGAUCUUCCAGAUCUGCCACCUCCACCUUUCUUUUACCCCGCGCACAAUGACCAAAGGCCUCACCGUGAAUCACAUUGUCUAGGGACUGGGACUGGUCCAGAGACCCAGCGCCGCUCUCCUUCUCCUCGCUCCACCCUGGUUCCUCAGAUGAAGUUGUCUCCAAAACCAUGCCCAAAACCACCCACUCCCCCCACAAAGCCUUCUCCUGCCCAUGCUUUCUACUCCUCCCCUUCCUCCUCUCCCAAACUUCCUCCCCCCAAGCCAACCAAGUUCCCAGUAUCUCUCUAUGUCCCGGCGUCUGCGGGAGACAGGCGGCCCUCCAACACCUCCCAGUAUGACAACCUGUCUGAGGUUGAUGAGGAUGAUCGCUGCCUGGACAGGCUGCUGGCCUCCACUCCUGAGGAAAUUCCCAGCAUGCACAGCAAUCCUCCACAUGCCAUUAAAAGAGACUAUGACCCUGCUCUCUACCCUCUGCCUCCACCUCCUCUCUUCAUCCCUCCUUCCCCUUCUCCUAUACCUCCCUCGUUGUGUGCCCUCCCCAGUUUGCCACAGGAGCCUGAAUAUGAAGGAGGUAGCUGGGUGGAGGACUCCAUCAUCCCCCCUCCUCCAGCUAGUUUUGCUGACAGACUCACUCCCUUUCAGUGCAACACUGCCAGCAGUUCAGACACACACAGAGCCACCUCACCCAGUUACUCUAAGCCUUUCUCUAGGGGCCCCAGGGACCAUUCUGCCUUCCCAGCACCACUGUUGUACACCGGGUCUCCCCCAGGCCACUCCAGGCCCUCAGGACAGUCAGCAGUAGGCGUGCCCUUGGUGCGAUCCAGCCCAGACUUUUGCAGGAUGCCUCCAGGUGGACAGCAGUUGCCCAAAUCAGUGACCUUCUGAUUUUUCAAGUAUCAUUCAAAUGUUACUGAUUAUGCCAGUAUGAUUCGGACUCUCUUUUAAUGCUUGAUUUGUUUUCAAAGCCAUAUAAGAGGUGAAAGGCCAGUAGCUACCCAGUGUGUCAGAGGUUUAUGUAUUUGCAUGUGUGCGUGCACGUGUGUGAAAGGACUUUUUUCAUUGAUAUGUACAGAUUUCUGGGACACUUGCACCUUUUUUGUAAGGGCAGUGUAUUUAAAAUUGCCAUCUGUGUUAACCUUUUCUGCACAAAAAGUGAGUGUAUUUUUCUUUUAGACCAGAUUUGAUUUCCAAUUUUGAUGGACGGUAAUGAGAGAUUUACACAGUAUUAAGGUGAUCUAAUACCAGCUGCGUGUUUCGCCAUUGCUUCUUCUUCAGAUAGUUUCCUUUUCUUCCAACAAAGUGUCUUAACCUGAUCACAGUGUACUGGGUAGCAACUCUAACGCAAGGGCUUUUGAGGCUGAAGCGUCUUUGCUAAAGCACCCAAAGCCUAUACAUUUAUACUGCAUUUAUGGUCAACUGUGAGCAGGCUCACACAUCUUAAAUGUAUGUUAAACUAUAAUGAGAAACUAUUAAUAUAACACAGUUUCUUUACUGUAUCUCUAGGUCAAUACUUGAUGACAAAGCACCACUUAACCAGGUUGCACCAUAGCAGUUCGCAUGCAGACCUUUUAAAGGUUGCAAAGUUGCGACCACCAGCAGCAGGGAAGACAUGGUGCAAUUUGUUACUGGUGUAAAUACAGGCAGGAGGCAGUGGGUACCCUGUGGGUAUUUUGCUGCUUUUUUUAACCUUUAAAUUUUGUCAAUUUCAAAGAAAUAGUUUCAUUGUUAUAUCUGUCUGACACUUGAUUACACAGCAAUAAUGUAGUGAUUCAUGUAUAUAUGCAUGCACAUAUCAAGGUUAAAUAAGAUGGAAAUAUAAGACUAACAUGAGGAUUCCAGACUGAUUUACAGUAAUGAGACAUAUUCAUGAAGAGUAGCUCCCUCUAGUGGUUGGAAGUGUUACAUAUUGGCAGUAACUCCAAAAUGAAGUCUUCACAUUUUAGAACACAUCCAGAGACACGAUGCCUUUCGGGAAACUAGUCCUAGCCAAGAAAUAAAUGCUACCUAUAAUGUUCGUUUAUGAAUGUGCACAUAGUAAGCUAAAUUUAAGAAAACAAGGACAUACUCCUCAUCAUACUGUUCCAGAUUGUCAGACCAGGGAGAGAAGUGAAUGAAUCAAAGCUAAAUGUCUUUGGAUGCACAGCCAUAAUUUAGAGCCAAUGCAGUGAGUUUACUGUCAGUUUAUUGUAAUUGUACAGAGCAAAAGUUCUUGAGAAAUGGAAGUUGAGCCAUAAUCUACUGUACAAGGACCUAAUAGUAAAACAUGUUUAUAUUGUUGUUUCAUUCAGCUAUUCUGUAUAUUACAUUAUAUAGUGUCUCAACAUCAGUUGUUUUUUGUUUUGUUUUUUUUUUUGCACUGGUUUUGUUAUUACCGACAGGUUUUGCAAUUCUCUGGAAGUAUUCAGUUAUUUUCUAAUGGAGUUCAAGGUUACUGCUAAAGAAACCUUUUUCCUUUUAGCCAGAUGUUAACAGAUGUUUAAUGGCUUGUUCAUGAACUUUGGUCUGGCUGUUGUGAUUCAUACCAAAGAACUUGGAUCCUGGCCUGCACUUGGCUUGCUGGAGUAUUUUUAGUCAUGUGACCUGACCACCAGUUGCACAUCACUGCUCCUUUUAUGGGUCUGGUUGACAUCAGUGAUGCUGAGGCUCAGACCAAAGCUUGUGUACAUUUAUGCAUCUACUUAUUUGAGUUUUUAUAAAGAGAUAAACCUUA